CUUGGGAGUUUCUUCAGUCGAUCUCGACGUGCUCGUCAUUCUGUUUUCUUCGCAUUCGAUUACAUCGUUACAUCGAUACAUAUUGCGUCACAAGAAUCGCACGAGUCGUCUGAUUUACGAGGCAAGAAUCUAUUGAAGAAAUCACGUGCAAAACGCUGUUACAUCACGUGUAAAGCAGUUACAUCACGUGCAGAAAACGUACGCACGCUUUCGACCUCAGCUGAUCGCCGUCAGUACAUGCGCGAUGAUGGCCGGGAAUUGGUUGAAUUUGAAUCGCCGGGGUUUUCAAUUGGUCGAGAACCUGCUUUGGGCCCGAAGCUACCGUAUAAAGUAUUUCGCCAAUCAAGGAUGCAUUCCAAACGUCUGCGUUCCUUCACGUCACAGAGAUAUCCAUCUAUCAUCUACGUGUCAUCUACCAGAGCGAAAAAUGGCAAAUAUACUUAGUAAUAAUCUUUGGGAAACCGAUCCUGAGCUUUUCGAUUUGAUGAAGAACGAAAAAAAACGACAGGAAAGCGGGCUAGAAUUGAUUGCCAGUGAAAACUUUACAUCUCUUAGUGUUUUACAAUGUUUAGGUUCGUGCCUGCACAACAAAUAUAGCGAAGGAUAUCCUGGCCAGAGGUAUUACGGUGGAAAUGAAUAUAUCGAUGAAAUUGAAUUACUGGCACAAAAACGCUCCUUAGAAGCCUUCAAUUUAGAUCCUGAACAAUGGGGCUGUAAUGUACAACCAUAUUCAGGUAGUCCAGCAAAUUUCGCGGUGUACACAGGCUUAAUGGAACCUCACGGACGUAUAAUGGGCUUAGAUUUACCCGAUGGUGGUCAUCUUACUCAUGGUUUCUUCACGGUGAAUAAGAAGAUUUCUGCUACGUCUAUUUUCUUCGAAUCGAUGCCGUACAAAGUUGAUCCUACGAGUGGUUACAUCGAUUACGAUGGGCUCGCGAAACAAGCAAGAUUAUUCAAGCCGAAAGUCAUCAUCGCUGGAAUUUCCUGCUAUAGUAGAUGCCUGAAUUAUAAACGUUUCCGCGAAAUCGCCGACGAAAAUAAUGCUUAUCUCUUCAGCGACAUGGCUCACAUCUCUGGAUUGGUUGCCGCCGGAAUAAUACCCAGUCCUUUCGAAUUUAGUGAUGUUGUUUCGACAACUACGCAUAAAACUUUACGAGGUCCGCGCGCUGGUGUUAUUUUCUACCGAAAGGGUGUUCGAAGUGUCACGAAGGAUGGCAAGCAGAUUAUGUAUGACUUAGAAAGUAAAAUUAAUCAGGCAGUCUUUCCAGGUCUUCAAGGCGGGCCUCAUAAUCACGCUAUCGCUGCUAUAGCCACCACUAUGAAACAAGUUAAAACACCAGAAUUUAUUGCUUAUCAAAAACAAGUAGCGAUUAAUGCGAAGAGAUUGUGUGCUGGUUUGCAAGAGCACGGUUAUAAUAUCAGUACCCAUGGCACAGACGUCCACCAGUUAUUAGUAGAUCUACGAUCAACGGGCAUCACCGGUGCGAAAGCAGAAAAGAUUUUAGAAGAUGUUUCUAUCGCUUGCAAUAAGAAUACUGUUCCCGGUGAUAAAAGUGCAUUAAAUCCUAGCGGAAUUAGAUUGGGAACACCCGCACUUACUACUCGCGGCUUAGUCGAGGAAGAUAUUGACAAAGUUGCAGAAUUCAUACAUAGAGGAUUGCAGCUUUCUAAAGAAGUGAGUGCUAUUUCGGGACCGAAGUUGCUCGACUUCAAAAGAGUAUUAAGUACCGAUGAAAAUAUUAAAGCAAAAGUUGCAGCCCUGAAGGAGCAAGUGGAAACAUUUUCGAGGCAAUUUUCAAUGCCUGGUAACGAGAUAUAUUAAUACUGCAAUAGCACUUCAUUUGUAUUAUAAUUUGGAUAACACAAAAUAGAAUUUGUACAAAUGCACCGAGUUUUACAUUAUGGAAUAUAAGAUAUUCUUUUAUAUCUUGUGAUUGAAUUUAUUUGCUGCAAAUAUCUUUUUCAUUUGAGUUAUUUGAGAAACUUUGUAAAAAAAACUGCACGUAUUUUAUGAUAAAAUAUAAAAAUUUAAA